CGACAAAGCCAUAACUUCAUUCAGGAGAAUCUAGAAAGGCAAACGAUUAGGAAUUCUUAUAUACUCACAGUUUGGUAUUGGUUGGGACAUAAUAGGCUGAGCUGGGUAUCAAUUUAUUAACCCUUUCACUGCUGGCGUAAAUAGGACGCCCUGCUUUGCUUUGCAUUUCUUGUUGCUGAUUCCAAAACGUUUAUGCUGGUGCCCUCUGCUGUAGGCAGUAUAUUCUUAAGAACGCACAGCUGGAAAAGGGCUAACGCAGAAGAAGAUGGCAUCCAAACAUUUCCUUUUGAUCCUGUACAUGCUGGGCCCCCUGGGAGCAGCAUCUCUGAAUCUCACAACUCCAUCGGUGGAAUUACAAAACCUCUCAGCUGUGCCCAUGGGUUGCAGUCAGGAUGUCCAACCCAUUUUCUAUGCUCUCUGUGACCUAAAUGCAGCUUGGGGCAUUAUAUUAGAGGCGUUAGCCGGCCUUGGAAUUGUCUGUGCUCUUGUAUUAGCUGUCAUCUUCUUGGCACUGGCACCUUCUGUUAUCAGAGAUGAGCGCAAAGGAUCCUUGGCCAUAAACUUUAUGUUCCUGUUUGGCGUCUUCGGCCUGUUCUCUCUUGUUUUCGCCUUCAUCAUAGCACCCAACGCGGCAGUGUGUGAAGUGAGAAGAUUUCUCUUUGGGGUACUGUUUGCCCUUUGCUUUGCCUGUCUGGUGGCCCACUCUGUGAGGCUAAACUACCUUGUGUUACACAAUCGUGGCCCAGGAGGUGGCUUGAUAUUCUUACUAGCCAUUGGACUUUUCCUGGUGGAGGCUGUAAUAAAUGCAGAAUGGCUUCUUAUCACUAAUGUCCGACAUAACCUUUCCUCAACUGUCUCAGUGGGACAUCCCUGUCAAAUAGAUAACCAAGACUUUGUGACGGCUUUAGUCUAUGUCAUGUUUCUUAUUCUAGCCUCUCUGAUUGUUCCUUGCCCAGUACUCUGUGGACACUAUUUGCCUUGGAAACGCCAUGGAAGGUAUAUUGUGGUGACUGCCCUCCUUUCUCUUUCCAUCUGGGUAACCUGGAUAGUGAUGUACGUCUAUGGCAAUGAAAAACUAGGACACCAGAACACCUGGGAUGACCCCGUUCUUGCCAUUGCUUUAGUGUCCAAUGGCUGGGUAUUCAUUGUCUGUUACUUCAUCCCGGAAGUCGUGGAAAUGACAAGGACAGGGUACGGAUAUGAGACAGACACCCUGAACAUGAUCAAAAGAUUUGAGGAAUGUCCGUCUUCUAUCAUUGUGGAGAACAGGGCCUUUUCAAUGGAAAACCUGGAGAUGACUGACCAAAGGGAAACUAUAAAAAUCCAAGACAAACCAGUUUCUCCAUACAGUAACUAUUGUGGACUCUAUCCAACGCUGCCUUUGUACCCAACGGAAGUGGAGACAGUCAACCACGUACCUCUGCCGCGUAUUUCCACCGAGCCCUGGAGAUACCAUCUGUAGAAUUCGGAAACACCGGCAGUGACAAAUACUGAGGAGGUUUAAUCCUCCAGAGUUCAAUUGGAGAGACUUCAGUAAAAGAGACUUGAGUUAAGGAGCUGAGUGAAAGCCUGAGGGAAAAAACAAACAAAAAACAAAUGAAUUUUGUACGCCCGAUACCACGCUUUGCUCAAAUUCAGUUCUGCUUUCCAGAGCUAUAAAUAUUUGAUAAGACAUUACAAUUUAA